UCCUUGGUCCUUCCUUCUUUCUCAAGUACCAAGCCAUUAUUCAUUAGAACAUAAACAAACAGUACAGUGAGCACUAUAAAUAGUGCAGGUCUGUGGUAAUCAUCACAGAGCACAAGAGCGAGGGGGUUGCAACCUUCCAGGAAACCAUUCCUCUCCCUUUCCCUGCACCGGUUAGGCGCCGAUCGAGCCAUGUCACCUGCAAUUUCAGCAUCGCCACACGGCGAGAACUUCACGGAGAUGGUGGCGGUGCGCCACGGAGAGACGGAGUGGAACGUCUCCCACACCAUUCAGGGACGAUUGGAUCACGAGCUCAACGAAACUGGAAGACAGCAAGCUGCCAUGGUUGCCCGUCGGCUGUCCGAGUCCGAGGAAGCCAAGCCAGCUGCAGUCUACUCCUCUGAUUUGAAGCGUGCUGCCGAGACUGCACAAAUGAUAGCAGCAACUUCCUCUGUAUCUAACGUGGUGAUUGAUCAGGCACUGACAGAAAGGCACAUGGGAUCGUUCCAAGGAAUGAAGCGUGAAGAUGUCCUCAAAUCAGAAGCUUACAAGGCUUACUCAUCCAAAGAUGAAAGAAAAGAAGAACUACCUGGUGGUGGGGAGAGUCUUAAUCAGCUUUCCGAGCGCUGUGUUUCCCGCUUGAACGCGAUAGCUGAGAAGCACAAGGGUGAGCGGGUGGUCGUGGUCACCCAUGAAGAAGUCAUACAGGAACUCUGCAGGCACGCCAAUCCGACGACCUCGGUUCGCAGGAACAUCCCCAACACCUCGAUCAGCAUUUUCCAUGUCUCGGGUUCCGACGGCCGCUGGAUCUUGGAGAAGGUCGGGGACGUCGGCCACCUGAACGAAGAUAGCUUUCCAUAAGAUAAAAAAAAACGAAGAUAGCUUUCCAUAGCAUGCACAUUGAUACCGCAUUACAGUCAGCGAUUGUGACAUGUACAAUUGAAAAAUGUCUCUGUUCUGCUGUAAUAAUGAACUUGUGUAGUAUUCAAUGAAUUAUAGAGUUAUGCCUUUUUUUUUCCCUUUGAACGAACUAGGUUGAGAUUCAUAUUGCAAUCUUUGGGAAUUGUAAAUGAUAUAUUAAGAUAUUGUUAUAUUUGCA